CGUCUCUGGGCCAGACGGCAGAGCUGUUGUGUCGCGUGUCCGGUAACCCCCUUCCCACGGUGCGCUGGCUGAAGAACGACGCUCCCGUGGUCCAAGAGCCUCGCCGGAUCUCCUACCGGCCCACGCCCUACGGAUCGCGUCUCCGCAUCCGUAACCUGGACACCACAGACACCGGCUACUUCCAGUGUGUGGCCACCAACAGCUACGGCACCGUCUCCACCACCGGAGUACUCUUCGUCAAGUUUGAUCCACUCCUCACCCCUCUGCCAGGGAGACCCUCUGCGGAUGAUUUUGAUGAAGAGGGGUUUUGCCAGCCGUACAGGGGCGUAGCUUGUUCUCGCUUCAUUGGGAACCGCAGCAUCUUCGUCGACUCGCUGCAGAUGCAGGGCGAGAUCGAGACCCAGAUCACAGCCGCCUUCACUAUGAUCGGAACGUCCAACCACCUGUCGGACCGCUGCUCCCAGUUCGCCAUCCCGUCUCUGUGCCACUUUGCCUUCCCUACAUGUGACCGCAGCUCUGGGGUAGACAAGCCCAGGGACCUGUGUAAGGAUGAAUGUGAGAUCCUGGAGAAUGACCUGUGUAAGACCGAGUACAUCAUCGCCCGUUCCAACCCCAUCAUCCUGAAGAGACUGAAGCUGCCGAACUGUGAGGACCUGGCAGCACACGACAGCCCAGAGGCUGCUAUCUGUAUGAGGAUAGGGAUCCCCAUGGCUGAGCCCAUCAACAAGAACCACAAGUGUUUCAACAGCAGUGGUUCUGCCUACCGCGGGACGGUCAGUAAGACCAAGUCGGGUCGUCAGUGCCAGCCCUGGAACUCUCAGUAUCCUCACAGCCACACCUACCUGGCGUUGCGCUACCCAGAGCUCAGCGGAGGCCACUCCUACUGCCGUAACCCCGGCAACAAGCAGGAGGGACCAUGGUGUUUCACCCUGGACGAGGGAGUCCGCAUGGAGCUCUGUGACAUCUCCGUCUGCGAUUAUAAGGAGAACCGUGGGGGCAGUAACAUGGAGAUUCUUUACAUCCUGGUCCCGAGCGUAGCCAUCCCUCUGGCCAUCGCCCUCCUCUUCUUCUUCAUCUGUGUGUGUCGUAACAACCAGAAGGCUGCCCGACCCCCAGCGCCCAGACAGCCCAAACCUGUCAGAGGACAGAACGUAGAGAUGUCCAUGCUCACCAACUACAAACCCAAGAGUAAGGCCAAGGAGCUCCCCCUCUCUGCGGUGCGGUUCAUGGAGGAGCUCGGUGAAUGUGGAUUUGGUAAGAUCUACAAGGGCCACCUGUACCUGCCUGGAAUGGAGCAAGCCCAGCUGGUUGCCAUCAAGACCCUGAAGGACUACUCCAGCCCUGGCCAGUGGGGUGAAUUCCAACAGGAAGCGUCGGUCAUGGCUGAGCUUCACCAUCCCAACGUGGUGUGUCUGCUGGGUGUAGUGACCCAGGAACAGCCUGUCUGCCUGCUGUUUGAGUUCCUAAACCAAGGGGACCUCCAUGAGUUCCUCAUCAUGCGCUCUCCUCACUCUGACGUGGGCUGUAGUAGCGACGAGGACGGGACUGUCAAGUCCAGCCUGGACCACGGAGACUUCUUGCACCUGGCCUUACAGGUGGCUGCUGGGAUGGAGUACCUGGCCAGUCACUUCUUCGUCCAUAAGGACCUGGCGGCCCGUAACAUCCUGGUGGGAGAACAGCUCCAUGUCAAGAUCUCUGACCUGGGCCUGUCCAGAGAGAUCUACACCUCAGACUACUACAGGACAGGUGGAUACACCUUACGCCUCCUACGUUAUGGGAAGUUCACGUCGGAGUCAGACAUCUGGGCGUUUGGCGUGGUGCUGUGGGAGAUCUUCAGCUACGGCCUGCAGCCCUACUACGGCUUCAGUAACCAGGAGGUCAUGGAGAUGGUGAGGAAACGUCAGCUGCUGCCCUGCCCAGAGGACUGCCCCCCCAGGGUCUUCGGCCUGAUGACAGAGUGCUGGCAGGAGGGCCCGGCGAGAAGACCACGUUUCAAAGAUAUCCAUGGUCGUCUGAGGGCUUGGGAGGGGCUGUCAUCCCACGCUAGUUCUAGUACCCCAUCAGGAGGCGGGGGCAACGCCACAACUCAGACCACCUCGUUGAGCGCCAGUCCGGUCAGUAACCUUAGCAACCCGCGCUAUGCCGCCGCUGCAGGCUACCUCUACCCGGCCCAGGGGAUGCCUGCGCAAGGUCAUCCAGGCCACCAGAUGGCAGGCUGGAACCCUAUGACCCAUGGAGCGCCCAUGGCCCAGAACCAACACCAACGCUUCAUCCCUGUCAACGGGUACCCCAUCCCCCCAGGAUACGCUGCCUUCCCUGCGGCCCACUUUCAGGCCCAGGGCCCCCCCAGGGUGGUGCAGCACCUCCCCCCGCCCAAGAGCAGAUCUCCCAGCAGCGCUAGCGGCUCCACCAGCACCGGUCACGUGACAAGCGUGCCCUCCACGGGGUCCAAUCAGGAUGCGAACACGCCGCUGCUGUCACACUGCGUGGCAAUAUCCGCCCUGCCAGGGGGCGGGACCAUGCAGGUGUACGGACACAUGUCCCAGAAGGCUUUGCAGCAGAUGGACCCCUCACAGACGUCCGCGCUGCUGGCCGACGCCAACAGACUCAUGUAUAGCGAAUCGGUCAUCACUGCAGACCUGUAAAUACACUACAUACCUGUACUAUAUAUCACCUGGUUGAUUUUAUGUUUUUGUUUCGGUUUUUUUUGUACGAAAGUUAUUAUAAUAAUUGUUUCAACUUUCUACUUUACUUGUAAAUACAUGUACGUAAAUCCUGAAUGAACGAGAUGCAAAGAUUUAUAUUCAAAAGAACAAAAAAGAGACAGCAAGCGUGUCCUGCCCCCUAUUCUGAAACUCAAACUGCCUUGAUAGAGGUUUUUUAGUGAUGCUACUCCGUUUGCCUGCCUGGACACCGGGAUUUCUAAGCUCAAGAGAAGGUCAACAGUAACACACCUGUCAAUAUAAUGACUCCAUCACUCGGGCAUCAUUGUGAAUAACCUCCCAUUGAGGUCAGUAAAUCUUCCAAGACUCCCGUUGACGUCAGAAUGAUUUCUGCGGAAGUCUGAGCUGCACGGAGCCCUUCUGGUAGCUACAAUAAGUACUGCAGCAGGGUAUGCUGUUGGUUGGACUGGAGGGACCAUGUACUGCAGCCAAUGCCAGGUGUGCUGUUGGUUGGACUGGAGGAGCCCUGUACUGAAGCAGCGGGAGUCCCCGGUUGUGUUGUCAGUUGGACUGUAUAUUCAGUUGAGCCUGUGUCAGCAAAUCUGCCUGGCUGGCAUCCCUACAGUGCACCUCCCUCCUCCAGGAGGCUAAGCCCCCCUCUAGGGAUAUGUGAACUUCAAAGACUUCUGAUUUGACUUCAAAGCGGCCCGUGGAGAAGGAACGAGGCCCUACCUACGCACCGCCAUGCAAUAACAUAGCGCUCAUACCCUCUGCUUCACUCUCCACAGCUAUGUGCCUCCACAGAUGUGUGCCUCCACAGAKGUGUGCCUCCACAGAKGUGUGCCUCCACAGAKGUGUGCCUCCACAGAKRUGUGCCUCCACAGAGGUGUGCCUCCACUAGACUCUCUCUCGUUCUCAAUACAGGGUUCUGUCAACUCGUAUGCAAUGAUAUACUGUAGCUACUAGGAUUCGAAUCAGAACAGUGUUUAAACCAGCCGUACUUCUCUCGCCAGUCUGUGUCCAUGUCUGUCCUCCUCUUUCUUAUCAUCUCAUAUCUGGUACAAUCAGCUAUGCAAUGUGGCUCUUACAUUGGCUAUGCAGACUUUGAUGGAUAAUUCUAUUAUCUUUUGAUGAUAUAUAGAAGUGGGACUAACAAAUGUAUGCUGAUCAUUACAACUUCUUUGUCAAAAACGAUCCAUGAUAUAAAAAAGUAUGUUUUACUAUAGACUGAAUGAAUGAUGAAAGGCUUUUGAUAAAAUACGGGGGGGGGUGAAUGAGAAAUCCUUCCACAUUUUAGCACACAGCUCACAGAAGCAGCUACAAUACAGUAUAUUUCACCUCAGUUGAAUGUGUUUGUUGCUAUGCAACUGUUUAGUUAAAAAGACGCACCCUUUGCCCGUACAGAAAGAGGACAAUCAUCGGUUUACCCUUGGUAGCACUUGCCUUCCAUGUUAACUUUGGUAUAAUACACAUGUCUGUAAUGUUAAGUGCAUCCUUAUCUUUUAACAAGUUACAAAGUCUACUAUCCUGACAUUUUCUGUGAUGUGUCAAUUAGUCCGAUACUGUCGAGAGGUACAAACCUGCUCUUUAGAUGAAGGUUUUGGUUUGUUUAA